AUGAGCACGGGGGCGACUCCCGAAGGAAGCAGGUCGGAUAUUGCCGGGAAGCUCACCCAACAUCAGUAUCUUUCUGGAUCAGCCACGAUUGGCAAUCGGAUUCGAACAAGCGGAAACGCACAGCAGGGAAACGAGGAAGAGGAGGAGGAGGAGGAGGCCCGGCAGCAGGUUAGAGACUGA